GGGAGACUGAGGCGCCGGGAGCGGGAGGGGCCUGCCGGCUCGCCCAGGAAUCCGGAACUGGAAAUGUGUGUCUGCCACUUCACGUCGGCCAGGCCCUCGGCGAGAGGCUGCGGCGCCGCCACGAACCAGGCCGGCCAGGCCCCUCGUCUGGCGUUUCUGUACUGUCAUGUGAACGUACCCGAGGGGCUCCUGAGAGACCUGUUACCCGGACCAGUGACCCUGGUGAUGGAACGCUCGGAGGAGCUCAACAAGGACCUGAACCCCUUCACUCCCCUUGUAGGCAUCCGGAUUCCUGACCAUGCCUUCAUGCAGGACUUGGCCCAGAUGUUUGGGGGGCCACUUGCUCUCACCAGUGCCAACCUCAGCUCCCAGCCCAGUUCUCUGAAUGUGGAGGAGUUCCAGGACCUCUGGCCUCAGCUGUCCUUGGUAAUCGAUGGGGGGCCAGUUGGGGAUGGCAAGAGCCCCAAGUGUCGCCUCGGCUCAACUGUGGUUGACUUGUCUGUGCCUGGAAAGUUUGGCAUCAUUCGUGCAGGCUGUGCCCUGGAAAACACUACGGAUGUCCUCCAGAGGAAGUACGGGCUGCUCCCUCACAGGGAUCCUGCUGAGACUUGAGAGGCAGGAGUGCCCAGGGACUGAUGCUGGACACUAUGUUUCU